AGUCUUCCUCUUCGACGACGAGCACGCCGUCGUCGGCUAAACACCGAUGCCAGCGAUGAGAGCGACCAGUGGAGCCUCAGCGAGAGUCUUCCAAGCAGCAGCCAGCAUCACCAACAACAACAGCAACAGCAACAGUCCCAAGCAAUGCCACAGUUGCCCGUUGCCUGCGUGGAGUGCAGCGUCAUCCUGCUGGAGGAUGUGGACGCCAAAUCGAUCUCCCUGCAGACUGCCCUGGAGACCUGGAUCCGAGAGCUGCGCUGUUACACCGAACUGGAAAAUCCUAAUAUCCUCAUCAGCAAGACCCUGGCAUCCUGCAGGUGAAGAGUCAGCCUCUCCCCCCGCUAUUUUCAUGCAACUGACUGCCUCCCUAAACCAGAGCUGCCUUUUGCUACUGUAUCUGAGAAAAUGA